CAAUGCAGUAAUUCACCUCACCAGUGUGCACCAUUAGCAAGCUGCAACCUUUGUGUACGUUCUCUCGGCUCACAAGCAAAUCAUGGACACUCGACGUCGUAUGUCCAUGAAGAAGGUGAUUCCUAGAUCUAUCACUAACUUUAACCAGAAGGACCCAAGAUACGCCCUCUUCGCGUACUUUCUUAAGCUAGCCAACAGGUGUGGAGCAAACAAGUUCAACAACAAGAUUCUGGAGACAGACCAGGACGAGCUGUACGCUCUGACAUGCAAGAUAAAACCAGAAGACAUCAAGAUAAAGGACUUCAACCACCAGACUAUCCUCCACCUAGCUGCUCAGUACUGCCGAGGGGAGGAUAUCUCAAUGUUAACCGAGGUCAAGUUUAAAGGACACGUGGAGAUUGACGCUGAGGAUGAGCUGGGUUAUACGCCCCUCAUGUACGCGGCUAUGGCUAACAAUGUGGACACGGCGGAGGUGUUGGUGGAGAAGGAGUGUAAUCUGAACACUACUGUAGGGGAGAGUGAGAGGAGUGUUCUGCACGUGGCUGCUAUGUUCGGCUGCAAGGAGAUGACAAGAUUCUUACUACAAAAGAAGUGCGAUAUAGACUGCCAGGACAGAUUGGGACUAACCCCAGUAGCUCUGGCGGCAUACUACCGGCACUCCAACGUUACUUCCUACCUGGUGGCAUUAGGAGCCAACGCUUUUGUAGUGGACAGUGCGGGUAUAAGUUCCGCUAUCAGGAUUGCGUACAGUAUGCCUGUUGUUAUACGAGACGUGUUCGAUAAACUCUGUACUGAGGAACUUCUCAAGGGCGAGAGGCACUACAAUUUAGAGGAUAUACUGGCUACUGAAGCGGACAUCAAGACCUCUCUAUUCCAAUUCCUGGUUUGGCAAGGCAAUCUAGGGAUCGUAGAGCACCCUGUAUUUAAGCACCUAACAGAAGCCAAGUGGGUGUUGUACGGAGAGAAACCUACCAAGAAAAUGUUCGGAUGUCUAGCCAUCGUAUCCAUUAUCUGGACAGUUCUGUACAUGAUAACAGAGACAUUAACCACACAGGAGAUGAGGUACAUCCACUAUAUCCAUCUAGCUGUAUACGUAGCAGCGCUGGUGUGUUACUUGCUCCGUCUCAGAGUUAAUACCAUGCUGAUGAGAAGGAGGCAUACCUUCUUGAUGCAUAUUCGUAAGGUUAUGACUAAUAUGGACAAGAGUGAGGCCUCUAUCAUGCAUUCCAAAGGACAACAUCUGAUGCGUGCGGCCAGGGAGGCAGGCACGACCGAGAAGUUGACCUUCAUUAAUGACAUUAAAAAAGCACCCUCUUUGAUUACUGAUCUCAUCAUAGACCACAUUCUUCUAAUUUAUCUCAUAAUCAAGGUGCUAUCCAACUUCAAUAGCGUUGUUGCUAGCAUCGAGAAUAUUUUCGGAGCUAUAGCCAUCAUCUGCCUCUGGACAAACACCUUUCUCAAGCUGCAGAUCACCAAGAAGAUCGGCCCCUUCGUUAUCUUCAUGAAGUACGUGCCCUCGGACAUGUGGACAGUCUGCACCAUGUUCAUCACCCUCUUUAUGCCUGCUCUCAUCGUGUUCUACAAAACCAUAUUCACCAAGGACGGCACUAAAGCUCCAAUAGAAGAGCUGGAGGAACUAGAUGGUAGGGAGAGGAGGGCCGCUGCUAAAGGGGGGAGUGGAGGAGGAGGUGAUACUUUCACCGAACUGGAUUUUAUCGGCACUUUCUUCGCCGUACUGAGGAUGGUGCUAGCUGAUUACGAGUAUGAAGACGGCAUGUCCAGGUCAGUACCACCAGCUUGGUGGAUGAUAAUAUCUUUGGUAUGGAUUGUAGUUAGCAGUAUCGUGGUCCUCAACCUGAUGAUUGCUAUCAUGGCAGACAGUUAUACCCGAAUCUACGAGAGAUCUGAGAUAACGUCCCGAGUACGGAGAGCGGAGACAAUAGCUGAUCUGGAGAAAAGGAUGGGGUCGGAGGAACUGACUCAAGCUAUUGAGGAUAUCAAGGCGAUCUCCCCGAUAAGGAUAUUGUUUGAUCCAGUGUGUGACAGAGAUAAGAUGGAAAUUGUGGAUGCUAAAGUUAAAGUUCUUUACAAGAAGAUGACCAGAUUGGAGCAGACCGUUAACAACAAGCUCUUCAUCAACCUCAAGCGCAGACUCGACUUUAUCGAGACCAAGGUUAAUAUUCAGAGUUUCAAGCCGACAACAGCUGCCCCUUUCUUCAGAUACAGCUAG